UCUCCUUGCAGGUCCCCCCCUCUCCCGAUGACCUUCCCAGCCGUGGGCUGCUCUCUUUGUCACUCAAGUACAUCCCUGCAGGCUCAGAGGGUGCAGGAAUGCCCCAGAGCGGGGAGCUGCACUUUUGGGUGAAGGAAGCUCAGAACCUCGUGCCGCUGCGCUCUGGAUCCCUGGACACUUAUAUACAAUGCUCGGUGCUGCCUGAUGACAGUCGGGCAAGCCGCCAACGGACAAGGGUAGUGCGACGCAGUCUCAGCCCCAUGUUCAACCAUACCAUGGUCUAUGAUGGCUUUGGGCCUGCUGACCUGCGCCAGGCCUGUGCCGAGCUCUCCCUCUGGGAUCAUGGAGCCCUGACCAGCCGCCAGUUGGGGGGCACACGCCUCAGCCUGGGCACUGGCAGCAGCUAUGGGCUCCAGGUGCCCUGGAUGGAUUCCACACCCGAGGAGAAGCAGCUGUGGCAGACACUCCUGGAGCGGCCAUGUGAGUGGGUGGAUGGCCUUCUGCCCCUCAGAACCAACCUGGCCCCCAGAACAUAGCAUCCCUACAAGUCCUACCAAGCCCCUCUCUCUGGACCUCUAUCUCAGGGCCUGCCCUUGGCUAAAGUCAAUAAAGUCUACUCUGAGGGCAACAA